AAAACACCGCGGAUCCGGGUCGGGGAGUCCCGAGCAGUCCCGGAGGCGCCGAGCAGGGAGCAAGGAAACAUGAGUUGGGCAGCGAGGAAAAGAGGAAAGCCCAACAGAGGAGGGGGACGAGGGAGAGGAGGCGGUGGGAAACGAGGAGGCAGCAGUGGCCAUUCCAACAAGCCUCAACUUGGUGGAAAUAGGAAAUGUUCAACCAAAAAUUGGGACGAUGGAGAGGAUUUUUGUCUCUUUGAGGAACCAAGGCUAGAAUCCAGAUCGAGUGCCCCUGCCAGAAGCGGAGGGCAAAUGAAGCAGAGAUCUGAAGCAAGGAUGCCCCUGCAGACCAUACACAUGACAUCAGAGAACCAGAGAAGAGUGAAAGAACUUCUUCAAGAGCUGCAAGGGCAGGAGCUGGCUCCUGAAUCAGAUGUAGCUGGAGAAGAUGAUGACGAGCCCGAUUACCUCGAUGAUGAACAGUGCUGGUCAACAGAACAGGAAGCUUCUGAUGUGAUGCCAAGGUUGUCUGCUGAGCCAGCCGAGCACAGAAUUGUAGACAGCGAAGUGUCUUCAUUUGCUGUGCACAAGCUCUCCAGGUAUGGUUUUGACUGUGAGCGUUGUAGGGCGGUGCUGAGAUCCUGCAACGGUAAUAUUGGGGCAUCACUGGAGUAUUUGCUAUUGCAGUGCUUCUCUGAAAGGUAUGGAGAGAAGAUGCAGGUUUCUGCUGCAGCUGCUGAAGCCAGUCAAGAGGAAUGUUUAGAGCAGAGACAAGAAGAAGCUUUUGCCCUCCGGUCGAUUUAUGGAGAAAAAUUUGUAGAAAGGAUUAAAAAUCGUGUUUGGACUUUUAGUUUGGAGUUGGACUACCUAGCACACAGGCUCAGCAAAUCUAAACAAAAAAGUACAAAGGACGCAGAAAAACAGACUUCAAAGGAAAUAUGUAAAUUUUACCUCCAAGGAGGCUGCAGGUUUGGUUCAAAAUGCAGAUUUAGACACGAGUUCCCUCCAAACCAUCCACUAAACGCAUCCAAGAACUCUGUGGACGAUGCUCAUCUCAGACAUAGUGAUGGUCCCGUAUAUGAGCUUGAAGUAAGGUUUCCUGACGAGAACAAGUAUCCUCUUCAGGCUCCUCUUGUGGCGUUUUACUCCACUGAUGAGAACCUGCCUCUUGCUUGUCGUCUGCACGUUGCUGAAUUCCUCUUUGGAAAGGCCUUGGCAGCUGCAGAGUCUCAGGAGCCGGUGGUGUACGCCUUGGUGACGUGCUUGGAAGAUGAACACGAGAUCAGUGAGCUGCUGAGCAAUACUCAGCACAAGUUCAGCGUUCCUCCUGUAAAGCCACGGACAGAGAGUGCACCUGCUUCAAAUCAGCAAGCUGAAGCCUCAACAGUGCCGGAGCCUCAGGAAGAGGAGGUGGUGGCAGAAGAGGAGGAGGAAGAAGAACAAGUUGUUGUGGAGAAUGAGAGUUACGUGAACUUGAAGAAGAAGCUUUCCAAGAAGUAUGAUGUGCAGGCAAAGUCUCUGUAUAACGAAAACGUUAAAAUCUGCGCGCAGUUCCGGCAGAAGAAGUCUUCCAGGCACUUCCAGGCCAUGCUGUAUGAAAGACAAAAGCUCCCUGCAUGGCAAGAGAGAGAAAACAUUCUGGGUUUGCUUGAGAGUCACCAAGUUCUUGUUGUGAGUGGCAUGACAGGAUGUGGGAAAACCACUCAGAUUCCGCAGUUUAUCUUGGAUGCUUCAUUGCAAGGCUCUCCAAAUGGAGUUGCAAACAUCAUUUGCACUCAGCCUCGCAGGAUCUCUGCCAUUUCUGUGGCUGAACGUGUUGCCAAGGAAAGAACAGAAAGGAUUGGACUCACUGUUGGGUAUCAGAUCCGCCUGGAAAGUGUAAAGUCCUCAGCUACCAGGCUUUUGUACUGCACUACUGGUGUGCUGUUGAGAAGGCUGGAAGGAGAUCUGACUUUGCAGGGAGUCACUCAUGUUAUUGUUGAUGAAGUUCACGAGAGAACAGAAGAAAGUGACUUCCUGCUGCUGGUUUUGAAGGAUAUAAUGGUUCAGAGGCCGGACCUGCGCAUUAUACUGAUGAGUGCCACCCUGAACGCUGAGCUCUUCUCUCAGUACUUCCACUCCUGUCCAAUCAUCAACAUACCAGGUCGAACAUUUCCUGUGGACCAGUUUUUUCUGGAAGAUGUGAUUGCGCUGACAAGGUAUGUUUUAGAGGACAGCAGUCCCUACAGGAGGAAGGUAAAGCAAGAACAGAAUGGGAGACACAAAAGAACUGCAUUUGAAGAAGUAGAGGAAGACCUGAGGCGUGCUGGCCUUCUGGAAACCACAGACACCAUGGUCAGAGAUUCAGACCCAGACCAGAAAUUAACUCUGAAGCAGCUCCUUAUACGAUAUAAAGGGGUUAACAAAGCAGUGUUGAAAACAAUGUCUGUGAUGGACUUGGACAAAGUUAAUCUGGAAUUAAUUGAAGCCUUGCUGGAAUGGAUAGUUGCUGGCAGACAUUCAUACCCCCCCGGUGCUGUGUUGAUAUUUUUGCCUGGCCUAGCAGAAAUCAAGAUGCUUUACGAGCAACUUCAGACUAAUGCUCUUUUUAAUAACAGGCACAGCAAGAGGUGUGUGGUUUAUCCACUUCAUUCCUCCCUGUCCAGCGAAGAGCAGCAGUCUGUGUUCCUCAGGCCUCCUGCAGGAGUUACCAAAAUCAUCAUCUCCACCAACAUAGCAGAGACAUCUGUCACCAUCGAUGACGUGGUCUAUGUGAUUGACUCUGGAAAAAUGAAAGAGAAGAGAUACGACCCAGGCAAAGGGAUGGAAAGUCUGGAGGACACCUUUGUGUCCAAGGCCAACGCUCUGCAGAGGAAAGGGCGGGCAGGACGCGUGGCCUCGGGCGUCUGCUUCCACCUCUUCAGCAGCCACCACUUCAACCAUCAGCUUGUGAAACAACAGCUGCCAGAGAUACAGAGAGUGCCCUUGGAGCAGCUCUGUCUGAGAAUUAAGAUCCUGGAGAUGUUUUCUGAGCAGAGCCUUCACUCUGUUUUAUCCCGACUGAUCGAGCCCCCCAGGACUGAGUCUUUGCAGGCAUCGAAGGUGCGGCUGCGGGACCUGGGAGCGUUAACUCCUGAUGAAAAGCUCACCCCUUUGGGAUAUCACUUGGCCUCUCUGCCUGUGGAUGUCAGGAUUGGCAAACUGAUGCUGUUUGGCACCAUCUUCCGCUGCCUGGAUCCUGCGCUGACCAUAGCAGCCAGCCUGGCCUUCAAGUCACCUUUUGUGUCACCGUGGGAUAAAAGGGAAGAAGCCAACAAAAAGAAGCUGGAGUUUGCAGUAGGAAACAGUGACUACCUGGCUCUUCUCCAGGCCUAUAAGGGAUGGCGUUUAAGCAUCCAAGAGGGCUCUCAAGCAAGCUACAACUACUGCAGGGAGAACUUUCUGUCAGGAAGAGUUCUUCAGGAAAUCGCCAGUCUGAAGAGGCAGUUUGCAGAGCUGCUCUCUGACAUUGGCUUUGUGAAGGAGGGAUUGAGAGCCAGGGAUAUUGAGAAGAAGUGGUCUCAAGGAGGUGAUGGCGUGUUGGAUGCCACAGGAGAGGAGGCAAAUUCGAAUGCAGAGAACAUCAAGCUGAUCUCAGCUAUGCUGUGUGCUGCACUGUAUCCCAAUGUUGUCCAGGUGAAAAAGCCAGAGGGUAAAUACCAGAAGACCAGCACAGGAGCAGUCAGAAUGCAACCAAAAGCAGAAGAGCUGAAGUUUGUCACUAAAAAUGAUGGUUAUGUUCAUAUUCAUCCUUCAUCUGUGAAUUAUCAGACCAGGCACUUCGAGAGCCCGUACCUGGUGUACCACGAGAAGAUCAAGACGAGCCGCGUGUUCAUCCGGGACUGCAGCAUGGUGUCGGUGUACCCGCUGGUGCUGCUGGGGGGCGGCCAGGUGCACGUGCAGCCGCUCAAGGGGGACUUUGUCAUCUCCCUGGAUGACGGCUGGAUACGCUUCGUGGCUGCCUCUCACCAGGUGGCUGAGCUGGUGAAAGAGCUGCGCUGCGAGCUGGACCAGCUGCUGCAGGAUAAAAUCAGGAACCCCAGCAUGGAUUUGUGCCUGUGCCCCCGCGGCUCUCGGAUCAUCGGGAUGAUCGUCAAGCUCGUGACCACGCAGUGAGGUCAGAACGUGGGUAAAGAGUUUUCUUUUUGUAAAGAAUCGCCCACGGCCACUGCCUGGCACAGACCAAGUAACAUCAGUGUCCUGAUGUCGUACCUAUUGGUCCCAAACGUGGCAUCGGCCUCUGGAAGAAAAGGUUGGCAACUGUACUGUUGAGUUUUGGGUUUUUUUUCUUUUGUUUGCUUGCUUGUUGAAAUUCAGGUGGCUUACAGUAGACUGUGAAAUGGGAAAAUGGCAACUCUUCCAGAAGGAAUAGAAACCUCUGAGUGUUUUUUCUGGGAGUAUACCCUGGCAGUCCUGCAUUCUGGUCACACAAACACCUGCUAGCCAGCUGUUUCUCCAACAGUCAUGGCUGGAGGCAGCAUGUGCCAUAGGGGGCUGCUCCCAAAUUGGUUCAAACUCACUUCUGCAGUUCGAUUACUGAGGCAGUUUUGGCUGAGCGGAGAUCCUCUGUUUACAGUUCAACCCAGGGCUCUUGUACAAGUGAGCACCUUUUGAUUUGUGUCAAGAGGUUCUGAAAUUCAGAGCAUGUCCUGUGGUGAGGAGAUGGACUGGCUCAGUGUGGUGUUGGAGCAGUGCAGGCUGCUGUGGUGACAUACUGUGAUAAGUUAGCUGAAACUCCAUUUUCUUCAUGUGGGAAAAGCCAAUUCUUUAUUCACAUCACUUCUUUUAUACAGUUUUCACACACCUCGUGUGUAACACCCAUUGGCUGGUAGUUUUCUUGCUGCUUCAUUUUUUGGUCAGAAGGUGAUUUGCGUGUACAAAAAAUGAAACAAAAGAAAACACUGAACAACUUACUAGUAAAAGCUAUAAUGACUCAGAUUGAAUACCACUCAAACCUGGUAUAAAUGAAUUUUGACAGCAAUAAAGCUUAACAAAAUGAACUCAAUAGAACUCUGCCCUAAAAAGACUUUAUAUUAAUAAAAUGUAGCUCAAUUAUUACUUCAGAAAAAUAGAAGGUACACUUAAGAAAACUCAAAGCUAAUCAUUAUUAAUACUGAAUACAACUAUGAUCUAUAUAAAACUGGUAUAAAGCAUUGUCUAAACUUAAUAAUACUGAAACUUAGCAGACAGGAAGUUUACAAAAUUAACUUAAUAAGACUUAGCCUUGCUCAGCUUAACAGAAGGUAACAGCAUUAUAUUACUGGACCUUAACUAUCGUUACAAAAGUUAUAGAUUCUAGUUAUUCAAGAUGUAGCUUAUUCUACUGUUACUGACACAAAAAGAAAAUGAGAAGGUGAACAAUCUGUACGAGAAGUAACAGCAUGACAGUGUACUGGAGGGAUAAAAGUCUCAACAAGCAUAUUGAACUUAAAAGUAAUUUAGUUAUGAGAAAAAAACCCUGGCAACUGCAAAUUUCAUGGAAACAGAAAUUGAGUAAGACUUUUUAGAGAGCAGGGUUACUGAGAAAAAAAAUAUAAUAAGGUGUGAUUUGGCAGACUGCUGAACAGCUGAGUAGCUUCUCUCAAUUGUAUUUUGUGUAAUUUCAUCGGGCAGAUUUGUUAACAUUCUUGUUAAAGAAAUCAGACUAUGUUGAAAUCUCUGACGGGUAAUAAGGCACUGCAUUUACUGCUUUCUAUCUCCUCCAGCAACCGUGAAGCUGUAAAAAACUAGAAUUCAAUCAGAAAACAAAAUUUAUUUUUAAAACCCCCGUAUCAAUACGUUUUCAAGGCAUUCCAACACUCACCGGGAGCGAUCCCCCCGCGCCGCCCGGGACAGGCGCCGUGUCCUGCCGGGAGCGCUCUGCACAGCGCUCGGGCUCCGCGUUCGGGUCCCCGCACGGCUCGGGCCCAGAGCGCCUCCGGGGCGGCUCUUUGGGCUGCGGGAAUGGGAUUGCGCGGAUUUUACCCCGUUUGGAACCUCGCGGCCUGAGCGUUAGUACUUGUUUCUGUGUUUGUUUCUAUCCCUGUGCGCUUCCCGCUCGGCUCUUGUCUCCGCGAUUGCCUCGGGCCAUGAGAUGUAAUAAGUCAGCCAAGACUCCAUUUUCUUCAUGCGGGAAAAGCCAAUUCUUUAUUCACAUCACUUUUAU